UGAGCACUUCACUCUCAGCCCACUCGAUGAGGCGAGAUCCACGCCAAGUGGAGUGACAGCACCAGGGCACCCUCCUGUUUGGCUUCUCCUGUGCCAACCACACCUCCACCAGCGGCUGCCUGUUGUCUGAGCCCCUUCACCCAAGAAGAGAAAGAAGAGCCUGGAGCACGAGCCCAGCACAGGCAGUUAAAGAAAUGUCAACGAUUAGGAGUUUUGAAGGAUUCCAGCCUGUGUCUUUGAAACAAGAGGGAGAUGACCAACCCUCAGAGACUGAUCAACUGUCCAUGGAAGAAGGGGACCCAGGACCAACGCAGAUUUCAAGGCAGCCAAGUGUAACUGAAUCCACACUCUCCCCUAAUCCUUAUCACCGGAUUAAUAUCGCACGGAAGUACUUUGUUACACGGCCGGGGGCCAUUGAGACCGCCAUGGAAGACUUGAAAGACCACAUAACCAAGACAUCUGGAGAGAAAAUUCAAGGCUUCUGGCUCUUGACAGAGAUAGAUCACUGGAACAAUGAGAAGGAGAGGAUUUUGCUGGUCACAGACAAGACCCUCUUGAUCUGCAAGUAUGACUUCAUCAUGCUCAGCUGUGUGCAGCUGCAGCGAAUUCCUCUGAGUGCUAUCUAUCGCAUCUGCCUGGGCGAGUUUGCCUUCCCUGGGAUGUCCCUGGACAAGAGACAAGGAGAAGGCCUUAGGAUCUACUGGGGGAGUCUGGAGCAGCAGUCUCUACUGUCCCGUUGGAACCCGUGGUCCACUGAGGUGCCUUAUGCUACCUUCACUGAACACCCUAUGAGAUACACCAGUGAGAAAUUCCUUGAAAUUUGCAAGUUGUCUGGGUUCACGUCUGAGCUUGUCCCAGCCGUACAGCAGGCCCUCAAGAGUUCACGCGGAUCUGGAAGAGGAAAGGACCUGAUGGUGUUAACUGAACCCAUUUUGAUCGAGACCUACAUGGGACUGAUGUCAUUCAUUGGAAACCGCAACAAACUUGGCUAUUCCCUUGCCCGUGGAAGUAUUGGUUUUUGAGACUCUUUUUGAUGUAUAAGCACACCAUCUAUAGAUAUAUCAUUAUGGAAGAUUCUGGUUCAGCCCAUCAUAUUUUUGGACUGAAACAAUGAACUACUUUUAAAUAGUAUUAUAUGGUUUUGGAUAUUUAGUAUCUUAAGAAAUCUAAAAACCUUGAUUAGAAUGAUAGAUGUACACUUCAGACCUUAUGUAAGGAUCAUCAAAUUUCCUAAAACCAGAAAAUAAAUUAUCCUAAGUCCACUAAAUAAUAUUUUCAAAUGAAUAUCUGUGUAUAAACUUAGGGCAGACGCUCUGGGUUCUUGUUUCUGGGUCCUUUAAUUGUAGGCAUUUUGCAGGCCUUGAUCUUUAGCCCUCUGGUCUCGAUCUCUCUAUCUGCGAGGUCUCACUGUCUGUAUUAUUAUAGCUACCCUUCUUAGGAGAAUCAUUCCCAAGUCCAUAUUCGCAUCCCUGAUGUUCUUCAAUGUUCAGGUUUGCAUUUGUGUCAGCUGCUCAUCUGCAUCAGUGUUCCAACGACCUCUCACCUUCAGCAUCUUCAAGUUCCUGGAUUUCUCUGGCGUGUUUAUGGACCCAGCCAUCAUCCUUGAAAUACAUCAAUUUUCAUUUCUUUAAAUUCCUUGCCAGUUACAUUCCAUAUAGUAUCUGUCUUUGUCUAUUUGGGCUGAUAUAACAAAAUACCACACAUUGCGUAGCUCAUAAACAACAGAAAUUUAUUUCUUACAGUUCUGGAGGCUGGAAUUCUGAGAUCAAAGUACCAGCAUGGUCCAGUGAGGGUAUCUUCUGAGGCUGCAGACUUUAUAAAGGAGCAACGGUGUUGUCUUUUGCUUCUUUUCUUUUAUAAGGGCAUUAAUCUCAUUCAUAAGGGC